AUGAAUUGCCUCUUUUGGAACAUUCAUGGGAUUGGUAAAGGAGAGAAAACUUUAUCCAUUAGAUCGCUUGUACAUAAAAAGAAGGUUUCUUUUAUGGGGUUGGUGGAAACAAAGCAUAGAAAAUCCUUUCAAACCAGACUAAAAAGGAUAUGGGGUAAUGAUGAGUAUGAUUUUUGUGAAGUCUUUGCCUCUGAUACAAACGGAGGUGGAAUGAUAACUGUGGGGGACAAACAAACCUUUAAUGCCUCAGUUAAACAUACGGGAAGUCGAUGGAUCUUGAUAGAAGGGUGUAUCAAUAAAUAUAACUUUGAAUGCUGCGUCGGUGUGAUCUAUGGGCAUAAUGAUAGAUUGGGUAGAUUUGCGAUGUUUGAAGAGCUUAAAGAGAAGGCGGAGAGAGAAAGAACCGGAGCCGUCACAUGUAUCCGUAGUCUGAGGGAUUUCUCGAAUUGGAUCAAUGACUUAAGAUUACUUGAUAUUCCGCUACAUGGAGUGAAAUUUACCUGGCGACGAAAUGAGUCAAAAAGCAGACUGGAUAGAGCUUUAUGUUGUCAUGAAUGGCUGACAAAGUUUCCGAACCUGAACUUGGUGGGCCUGAGUAGAAGCUUCUCAGAUCAUAACCCUCUACUCUUAUUGAUGGAAGUGUGCAACAACUGGGGUCCAAAACCCUUCAAAUGCUUUGACGCCUGGUUCCUGCAUCCGCAGUUUAAACGCUUCCUCGUCAAUGAAUGGCGCUACAUUCCGAAUGUAUCACUACACAGCAAACUGAAGAUCCUUAAGGCCCCUCUCAAAACUUGGCGUAGAGAAAAUUUUGAUCACAUGGACAACAAAAUCGCAGAACUUGAAACGGUUAUACUAGAUCUGAAAAGGAAAAGUGAUCGAAGAAUGCUUGACAAUAUGGAAAUGACUAGACUCAAUGCAGCAAAUAGCUUUCUUCACCAGUGGCUCAUUAGAAGGGAGAGAAUUUGGAGACAAAGAGCUCGAGCGUACGGCUUCAACAUAAAAGAUCACAACACAAAGUUCUUUCAUGCAUCGUCCCUUUUCAAAAAAAAAAAAGAAAAAAGAGAUCGACCAGAUAAAAAUCAAUGGCAGGAGAAUAUUUGGGAUUCAAAAUCUCAAAGAAGAAGUCAGGAAUUAUUUUGUGCAACGUUUUGCUCAGGGGAAAUGUGGGAAGAAAUUAGGGAGGAAAUCUUUGAGACAGUCACGGAGUUUUUUAUUGCUGGAGUCUCGCUGAGGCACUUGAACGUCACUUGGGUUAGCUUGAUCCCAAAGGUAGAAAACCCCACAGCUAUUGAAGAUUUCAGGACAAUUAGUAUGGUUGGCUCCCUCUACAAAAUUAUUGCUAAAAUUCUCUCCUCCCGCCUCAAAGAAGUUAUAGCCCCCCUCAUCGACGAAUCACAUAGUGCUUUUGUCAGGAAUAGACAAAUUCUAAAAGGAGUACUGAUAGCAAAUGAAUCUCUACGAUGGUUGAAAAAAAAAUUCCAGGAACAAUGA